AUGAUAGGAGAAACGAAUUAUCAUAGCGGGAAAAUGAUAGCUUCAGUCUUCCGUGUUGCUUCAUCGUUGCUUCUCCUGUCAUGUAUACUACAAUCACCAUCAUCAGUCGACGGUUACAUUGAUUGGGAAACAGUGCCUGAAGGCAUAUUUGUGGGUCCAGGUGUCGGACAAAUCCAGGAAACAGACUUUUGCGAUGUGGUACGCGACAAUUCAAUGCCGCUGUUAGACGCCUUGAAGGGCCGCAACCUAUCCAUCGCCAUCCAGUAUGGGCCUGGCUUUGAUUUCUUCAUAUACAAGCCUGACGAACCACUCUCACCGUCAAACCCAAGAGGAAUGAUUGCCACCAUGUUGGAUGAACUGGGGAGAAGAGGUGGAUUUUCUUGGAGAAAUUCCUUUGUCGCAUACGAUACCAAUACGGUCAACGCUUUGGUGGGUGAAGGAGAUGGCAAAUGGGAUCGAAUGUUGAAUUGGACGAUAUCCACUUUUGAUCUGAGUGUCGACAAGUGGAUCCUGACUACGGAGCGACUGGAAAAUGAAACUGUGUUUUUGCAUUCCUGGUUUGACGCCGGCUUGAUCUUGGUGGAUCAGGGGGACCAGACGGAUCUCAAUUGGCUGGGAUUUGCGGCACCGUUUGAUGGAUACGUUUGGAUGGCCAUUGCUUUCACUCUUUUCUUCAGUGCUGUAUCUUCAAUGGUCAUUGAAAGCUUUGAGGGCCGAAGGGGUGGUCGUUCUUAUGCGUGGUGGUUGGGCGAUCAAUUGUACUUUAGCAACUUGGCCAUUUCGCAGCACUUUGUUUUUCCCAGCCCCAAAACUGGAGCUGGCCGAGUCUUUCUCUCCUCCUUUGCCUUUUGGUCCAUGCUUGUUGGUGCCACAUACACUGCUAAUCUCGCCAGUCUGUUGGUCGAAAACGCCUUGGCUAGUCCCGUUAAUAGUAUCGAGUCUGCUAUGGACAAUGACCUUUGGAUUUGCAUUCACGAGGGGAGUGCUAGUCAAAGCAUCAUGCACUCAUUAAUUCCAGAAUCAAUUACCUAUGACAAGUUUAUUGGGACAUUGACCCCACAACUUAUGUAUGAAAACUUGCAGAGUGGGGGGUGCGAUAUAUUGCUCGGAACCAGACAAGAGUAUGAAAUUUUCGGGAGUCAACAGCAAUACGGAUGCAACUUGGUCCAAGCUGGAAUGGAACUGCAUUCAAGUGCAGCAAGUUUCGCCAUCGAAUUUGAUCCGUUGAACUGCGAUUCUGUGCUGGCUUACGUGCUGAACAUUCAUCUGAAUAGCAUCGAUGUAGAUGGAAACAUGACCAAGUACUGGAAAAAUUAUUUGGAUAACAUUGAGGAGGAUACUUGCACUGACGAACAGGAUCAAUUGAUGGGCAUUCGUCGACGAAUGGUAGAGAUGGAUGGAAAAGACACCUCAGCCGGGACUGCAUCCAAAUUGCCAACAUCACGACCGCCACGACCGCCACCCGCUAAUCUCAAGAACCGCCGCAAGCUGAUUUCAAGAGUACCAUCUGCUACUUCCGCUGUAUCGGGAAAUGGAAGUGGAAAUGACGAGGCUCUUACAAUUUCUGGUAUGGCGGGCAUCUUCCUGAUACAUGCUGUGGGUACUGGUCUUUCGAUUCUGUUAGCAAUCUAUUCGGCUUAUCGGAGAAAAAGAAAGCGAAAGGCCGCCGCCGCGUUGGGCAAAGGCAAACGUUUUGAUGACAAUUCUUUUGUGGAAUCCGAGUUAAAUCUCAAAUACCUGUCAAUGAAGCGCGAGAUGACAACGCAAAUGCAAAAUAUGAAAUUGGACAUGAUGACACAAAUGGACAACUUCUUUGAACUUCAUCGCAAGUCCGUGUCGAAUGGCACGGCAGACCUUGGGAUGGAGCAACAGCGGCAGCUUACCAACAGCAGAGAAGUAAGGACGAGUCGCGAUACGGGGCAAAUAUCGAAGACUGUGCACAGCAACAGUUCCAUGGACACGGGAGACGUAUAUGAUGAUUGGAAUGACUUGCAUGACUUGUAA